AUGACAGUCCUAUUACGCUUCUUCGAUUUUACAUACCUACAGUUGAGAUUAAGAAUUGGCCUACGAAUAGCUGCUGAACCAUCUUUUCUCCACGCCUUAGAGUCCGUUGUGGACAUGAUCCUUAACGUCAAUGUUGGCGUGCUUGGCCACGUGGACUCUGGAAAGACCAGUCUGUGCAAGGCUCUCAGCACUGUGGCCAGCACAGCAGCCUUUGACAAGAAUCCACAGAGUCAGAAGCGAGGCAUCACCCUGGACUUGGGCUUCUCCUCCUUCACUGUAAAAACAAACAUUCCGCCUCAGCUGUCCAGUCCGGAGUCUCCUGUAGAUGCCCUGCAAAUCACCCUUGUAGACUGCCCGGGGCACGCUUCUCUCAUUCGCACUAUAAUAUGCGGAUCCCACAUCAUAGAUAUGAUGCUGCUGGUAGUGGAUGUCAACAAGGGCUUUCAAACGCAGACUGCAGAGUGCCUGAUCAUUGGCGAACUAACCUGUAAGGUGCUUCUGGUGGUGCUGAACAAGGUGGACCUACUUGAGCCGAGCACACGAGAGGAGAAGAUUGCCAAGGUGCGUUUGACUCAUACCAUCACUCUAACUGCAAGUCUGUCUUCAGAUGAAAAGUCGGAUAUCCAAGACCCUGGCCAAUACUCGUUUCGCUGA